AAAUCGUUGACUUCUUAGCAUUUCCCUUGAAUACAAUGUUUAGGAUACCAGUGUUUGCUCUUAUGAUAUGGGCACAGAUAGUUACAGUGGACACUACAUGUGAUUCUGAACUUAAGAAUGUGCUCUACCAAGAUAUUCUUAAUAUGCUGAUGAAGAUGAAAGGUCCUAGUUCUGCAGAACCGUCUACCUGUAACUGCAAGAAGAUUGUAAUUGCUUUCACAGCUUCGCUGUCAGCUGCAAAAUCCAUUGGCAUAAACGAGGUUGUUAAGUUUGAUAAAGUUUGGACCAAUGAGGGAAACGGAUAUCACUCAAAUUCUGGAGUCUUCACAGCACCAAAGACAGGAUUCUAUCAAAUAUCUGCAACAAUAAUGUCUCCGAAUGGAAAAUAUUUUCAUUCAUAUCUUAUGAAAAAUAAUAAACAAACUGUUGGAAUGUACCCAGGACAAGGCCAUCAUACAGGUGCAGCAAACAUUGUUCUGAAAUUAAAGAAAGGAGAUCGUGUGUACAUUAGGCAUGCAAGCAACAUCGAGAGCAUUUAUAGUGAUAGCAAUCAUUAUAGCAUGUUUUCUGGAUUUCUUAUUUCUGAAUAA